AUGGAUACCCUCAAAUCCGCUAGGUCUGUUCAAUUUGAUCCCAGUGAGCAUAUAUCCAGCCUUGUAGGAUCAGGGCCAGAUAUACAUACUUGGCCAUAUUCAAUCGGCACUGGUAAUCUGCCGCGUCUCUUCACACUUGCCUCGUCUUUCACACCGGCUCGUCUUGAUUCCUCGACUAACCAAAUGCAACUGUCCCCGAUUCCAGAACAGCUGGCCGAGUUCGAAUUCUCUAAUGCCUCCAGUCCCAAUUUCUUUCAAUUAUCCAGCUGUGAUUUAAUAUCCCACCCAACUACCAUAUCAUUUGGGACAAACAGCUCGUCCAUUGACAAGAUAAUUAAUCCUUCUGACUCAUGUCCUAUCACAUCAGACACAUACGAAGGGGCUAUGCUAAUAAAACCUUCGGUUUCUGCGAGUUCGCAGAACCUAUUUAGUGAGCUGACUAGCGGAAUCUCAAGUGCCACUCGCAGCAUGAUAGGCUUGCACCAUAACACUUCAGAAGAUCCCAGUCUGCUAACAUUUGGCUCUUGUCUGGCUGAGAAUGACCCAGAGAACUACAGCGCCAGCAGCAGGGGCACACUGGCUGGGAUAGACCUGGAGCCAAGAUCUGAGUCUGGCAGUUGCCAACAGCUUCCUUUUUGGUUUCAGACCUCAAUGAACUCUCACAGGUCACUUAUCUACAACUUUUCUCCUCUUUCCCUGGGAGAUCAGCUUGCAACUGCAUCAUCGCUAUUUGCAAAACGGCCUUCUCUGCCGGCAUCUCUCACUUGUUCUUCUGCUGCUCUGGAUAAAGAUUCUGAUCUAUCCUCAGCAUAUCCUAGUCUGAGUCAGGCUGCAUCAACCUCUUCCUUAUCCGAGUUUCUCCGAUUGGAGAAUUCAUGCAAGAGCAGUCGGCGUGAUUCGAGUUCGGCUCUUCUAGACGACUCGACCCAGCUAGCUGAACUGGAGGGGAUUAUUUCAACUUAUUUGCCUCAGCAAUCUGUUGAUUCCUUAUGCCUAGGCGGGAGUACCAAACCCGCGAGUGUGGCAGAAGAGGUUGACUGCCAGACUGCCACACUUCGUAGAGUCUCGUCGCUUGGCUGCCCCUUGUCUAUACCCGGCAUCGGCGAAUUGGCAACUGAAGUUCCUUCUUGUCCUUCACUUAAUGUGCUUUGUCUUUAUCCCAGAGACUCUUCAUCAAUCAAGAUCUCUCCAGAGAAAUCGCCAAUCCUCCAAACCACUCCGUCCCAUCUACUUUAG